CCGACGCAAUGUGAUGACGUUAAUUAUAGCGCCAGGAUAUGUGAAGGAGAACUGACUUUUUUUUGGUCAUUUUGCUUUUAUGAAUGUUUUCACGAAUUAAAGUGGUCAAGGAAUUACCACACCACGACAUAAUCUCUUCGUUUGAACACAACCAUUGACACUGUCCCCUCGCCAUGGUAGAGGAUGACGAUUUAACGCCAAAUCUUAUGUCAAACCAAAUGUGGAGCAGCAAUGGCGAGUUUGUGCCUCCUGACGGAAUAUGCUGGGUGUCUGUUCUGUCCUGUUUACUGCUUGCCUGCUCUUACGUUGGGAGCUUAUAUGUAUGGAGAAGUGACUUACCCAGGGACCACCCGGCCGUUAUCAAGAGGCGAUUCACCAGUGUCCUGAUCGUAUCUGCCGUGUCGCCUGUCUUCGUGUGGGCAUGGAAAAUGUACACUGGUGUGAUGCCUGGUCCCUCGUUGCUGGCUCUGAUGGGCAUUCGCUUGGAGGGCCUCAUCCCAGCCAUCAUACUGCCUCUGCUGCUCACCAUGGUGCUGUUCCUUGGCCCCCUUAUCCAGCUGGCUAUGGACUGCCCCUGGGGCUUCAUGGAUGGGAUACGAGUGACCUUUGACCCGUGGUUCUGGGCUCUGUGCCUCAGUGACAUGCGUUGGCUGAGGAACCAAGUGGUGGCCCCUCUGACUGAGGAGCUGGUGUUCAGGGCCUGUAUGCUGCCAAUGCUGGUACCCUGCACCAGUCCUUCCACUGCCAUCUUCACCUGCCCCCUCUUCUUCGGAGUGGCCCACUUUCAUCAUGUGAUCGAGCUGCUGCGUUUCAGACAGGGCACCGUGUCUGGGAUCUUUCUCGCUGCAGUGUUCCAGUUCUCCUACACCGCUGUCUUUGGAGCUUACACUGCCUUCAUAUUUAUCAGAACCGGUCACCUGGUGGGGCCGGUGCUGUGCCACUCGUUCUGUAACCACAUGGGCUUCCCUGCCCUUGGCAUGGCCCUGGAGCACCCCCACCGCUUUACCGUCCUCUCCUGCUACCUGCUGGGGGUCCUCCUCUUCCUCCUACUCCUCUUCCCCCUCACAGACCCCAUCUUCUACAGCCUGCCCACCCCCGUCUGCACCCUGGCCUCCGUGCCCAGCUCUCUCUGCAUCUCCUGAUCCAACCCCCACAAACACCCCUCUGUAUGAGAUGGACCGAUCCACUGAGCGGGUCGCCACCACCAGCCAAAAGGAGGAGCGGUCCAAGUGGUCCAAGAAUGAGGGGUGUUUUAGCUCUUCGGUCAUGCCCGCUUGGGUGUGCUUUCUCUGGUGGGACAUGAGUAGGUGAGCAGAGGGGAGGGUUUAAGGUAUGUCAGGUCAGUUAUGGGCUGUCUCUACUAUGUAUGCUGCUAGAGGGAGCAGGAUAACUUAAAUAGCCAUUCCUUAUGUUCAGGUCGCAUUGGCUUUCAGUCAGUCAGCCAGUCAAUCAGUCAUGUGGUAUGUAGUGUAGACUCAACAAGGAACACUAUCUGGCUAUGACGCAAGGCGCUGUAGUAGUAGUAAUACAUUCUGGUGGUGAAUAGGUCAGUGUUUUCAUAGGUCCUAGAUGCUGAAUGAGAGUAUUUAAAAACACAUCUGCAUGUUUCUAUAAUGUAGUGUUUAUUAGUUUUAAUGGUGGUGGAUGUAUUGGUUUGAGGGUUGGGUUGGAUUGUUACUAUUGUAAAGGGUUGGACGUGCACAUUGUUUUGUUUCUAUGACAGUUUAGUCACGAUUCUCUUUUUACUCGGGCUGAUGUUUGAAUUGGCCACAAAGCCUUUCUUUCCAACUGUUUAAGACGCCAGACAAUUUGUGUUAGGCGAUAUAACAAAGGUUACAGUCUUAACCCAGCCCUGAAUUCAAUCAUUUACUCUAGUUGACGCUCAUUCCAAAUAUCCAUUCCAAGUCAUGCAGAUAGAAGCCUAUAAUCACUUAUCUAACAAUACCAUUGCUAAUUUGUUGGGCCUGGAGUUUUUCCCUUGGAAAAACUCUGGGCCCCUACCAUUCGCUUCACACACAGUUCUACCCAGGGUUAUCCAUGUUCAUUUUAUUUGAGUGUUUGAAGGGGGAAUUACCUUAAGCUGGGGUGCGAUGACAGACCGUUUCCCCUUCAAGGGACUCAAACCCUCUAUAACACUCAGGUGAAGUCAUAUGUAUGUAGGUUUGAAUGCUAUCUACCCACUACUUAGCAUGCUGCUACAUGGUGCGGAUGUCAAACAAGACGUCGCGUUUACAUUCUUCACACACACACACACACACCAAGCUAUACUCCAAAAUAAGAUAAUGUACAGACUCGGACAGUGUUACAUCACAAUGUUUAUUCACUCACUCACUCAUCGAAACUGAUACUUUGCAUUGUUUUUUAAAAAUACGUUAUUUAUUUGACCAGGCUGUGACCAUUAUAGUCCAUUUCACUAUAUAGACAGGGCGUUUAGGUGAAAAUGUUUUUUUUUUUUUUUUUUUUUUUUUUUGGCAUCUCCAUGUCAUGCUUUAGAAUCAAAUCCAAUUUUAUUGGUCACAUACACAUAGUUAUCAGAUGUUACUGCGGGUGUAGCGAAAUGCUUGGUGGGUUGUUGAUUUUUACGGGGAACGCUAAUGGACUUUUCCCUUUUAUGAACCCGGCGUAAUACUAUAUAACAAUUCCAAUUGACUAGAACAGAAGUGUAGUGUGGUUUAUAAACUAGCAGAUUGAAUCACACUGAAUGUAUUGAAAUCGGAUACCAAGGCAAAUGAAGUAACUGAUCAUUUUGUAAAUAGACUUCACUGUGUAAAUUAGGUCCAUAUCUUUGGAGGCACCUGCAAAAGGCUCUAACAUUCACUGACAGAAAGAUGGAUCUGUGAAGCUUUCUACCACAGCAGCGAGGAGUUGUCAGUCAGCAUGUUUGCUGUAUAAGCUAUGAAGUAGUUACAUUAUACUCUUCAGCAAUAACUUAGUGGAUGGAAAGGGAUCAAAAUCAGGGAAUUAUCUGAAAUGGGUGUAUAUAUGUGAAUAAAUAAAAUCUAUAUCCCCAUUCCUGUCGUUUAGAGAUGAAAUGUUAAAUACUGUGGUGCUUGGAGGUUUUGACAUCAGAUGAUUUUAAUGAUCAGCCAGUAUUUUGAAUAGAUUGUUUAUGUUUAAGCCGACCUCAGAUGGGCCAUAUAUCCCAGAGUUGAAGGUUUUAAUAGACAUUCUCUUGAAUGAACCUGCAUGGUGCAUGCAUUCAGACCAGCUGUAAUGAUCUAAAAUGUACAACAGAGAGCGCCAGAGUACCAUGUCUGGGUGUUGUGCUGUAGAAAUGUGAAUCACAGGAACCUGGGACCUUCGCACAUCUGUUCAUUAGGUUUCUCUGAUGGGUAGUCAUCCGUCACUUGAAAAACCAAUCUGUUUUUAUUCUGUUAUUUCCUCUUGCCUCUUUUCCUCUCACCAGGUGACGCCCCGUUCCAAUAGAAAAGACUGAUAUGGUCCUAGAGAGGAAACGGGUGUUUGACCCUAAGAACUGAGAUAGCUACCCGUCUCGCUGUUGAGCAUUCUUUCUGAUCAAUAAAAAAAAAGACUCUAGCCUCACUUUUAGAGUCAAACUCUAAACUAUCUCGCUGUCUCCGUCUCACAUCCAAAAUAGAUGCCCUUGAAUGUUUUGGCCAAGGCCCUCAAGCACCAUUUUGGGAGUUCAAUUACCCCUAGACAGACAGGCUGUCAUGUUCAGGUAACUGGUAGAUUUACUUUGUUGUCGAAAUGUACACAUACAAGACUCAAUGACGAGGCUGUGUUGAAUUUGUAUUGGGUAGGGUCAGAAGAAGCACAUCUAGAGAGUAGAGAGAGACGUUUCAUCAAUACAAUCAAAUUUAAUCAGCGUUCAACCGUAGCUUAUCAUUCUCCCACAUCAACAACCUUUUGGAGAACAGAUAUUUUCGUAAAGAUUGUCACUGGCUCGUAUUGUCUGAAUUCUGCCUUAGGAUUCACAGGUUAGGCUAUGUCAUUGACUUGAAUAGAAAUCCGGUAAACAUAAGUAGGCUUCACUUGGGGAGAAAUGCUGACUCCACUUUCCUGCUGAAAACAACUAAAACACUUUCACAUUGUAUGUAUUUUUCUUAAAUUUUCUCUCUCCAAAAUGUCCUAGCAAAACAAUUGCAUCUACAGCACUCUCAAAGUAGUGACUCACAGUAUAUGCAUAGAGCAGAAACACAGUGGUAGAGACAGGAAUAUAUAUUUUUGUAACUUAAUAUGUAGCUCUGUGCUAUUUUAGUAAAACAACAAGAAGAAUGAUUUAAAGCUUGGAUUUUUCAGACUAGUUGAGUACGUGCUGUGACUCUGACCUGGUUGUAAAAAACAAACAAAAAGACGAUCCAGAUGUUUAUAUUGAAGACUUUAUUUUGUAAAUCAAAUCUAUUUUGGUGACAUGGACUUGAAUGUUCUGAUAUGUGCAUGUGUAUUUUGUGUGUGCAAUGCAAUUUUUGGGAGACUUACCCAUCUUGAACGGACAGUGUUUUAUGAUGACAAUCUUUUAUGGGAUCUUAUAGAAAUCACACACUGCAAAAAUCUCAGCAUUUGUAAAUAAACAAGCUAAUUUUAUAAAUCGUC